UCCGAGCUUGCGCCCUCCUCAUCUCAGGGUCUGACUCUUACUGCAGCCUUUUCUUUCUCUCUUUCAAAUUCCACAUUGUCUAGACUAUAGAUUAGAAAGACUUUUGGCGAAAUUGCAGCAAAUCAAGCGAAAUCACAACGGUGCCUCAGUGACAAACCUUCUACCCCGCACAUCACCCGCACAUCCAUCCAACCAUGGCAGCCACCGAGUUCAGCCAGGAACAACUGGACGAGAUAUACGCUUUCGCAGUGGACUUGGGUCGCAGGGCCGGCCAGCUUCUGCUCGAGAGUGUCGAGAAGCGACUCGACGGCGGCAGCCAGGCGAUCGAAGAGAAAGACAGCGCCGUCGACAUCGUGACUCAGACGGACGAAGAUGUCGAAGCAUUCAUCAAGGCCUCCAUCCAAGACAGAUACCCCUCGCACAAAUUCAUCGGAGAAGAGACAUAUGCUAAGGGCCAGUCCCGCGAGUAUCUGAUCGACGAGCAGCCAACAUGGUGUAUCGACCCUUUGGAUGGAACGGUCAACUUCACCCACAUCUUCCCCAUGUUCUGCGUCUCCAUCGGCUUCAUCGUCAACCACCGGCCGGUGAUCGGCGUCAUCUACGCCCCCUUCCAGGAUCAAUUGUUCUCGUCCUGUAUCAAUCGCGGCGCCUGGCUGAACGAGAAGCGCCGUCUCCCCCUCAUCCACAAGCCCUCCAUCCCGCCCAUGCCGCCCACCGCCCCGGGCAAAUGCAUCCUCUCGUGCGAAUGGGGCAAGGACCGCCGCGACAUCCCCGACGGGAACAUGUACCGCAAGAUCGAGAGCUUUCUGAACCUGGCGGCCGAGACCGGCAGUCGCGGCGGCAAGGGAGGCAUGGUGCACGGGGUGCGUAGUCUGGGCAGCGCCACCCUGGAUCUCGCCUACACGGCGAUGGGGUCGUUUGAUAUCUGGUGGGAGGGGGGUUGUUGGGAGUGGGAUGUGGCUGCGGGUAUUGCCAUUCUACUCGAGGCAGGCGGGUUGGUCACGACGGCCAACCCCCCGGAGGACCCCGACACGGCUCCUAUCGAGGACGUCAAGCUGGGAAGUCGGCUGUAUCUUGGUAUCAGACCUGCUGGUCCGUCGGACACCGAGACUGGCCGUCAGUCGCAGGAGCGGACCGUGCGCGAAGUAUGGAAGCGCGUGCGUCAACUGGACUUUGCCCGCCCCGGGGCUUGACCAUGCAUCGGUACACAUCAGUACUAGCCAUAAAGUAAACAUAGCUACCUACUGGUCUACUCAACUAUCUAUCGAUGGUGGCACGACUCAUGCUAGAAGGAAGUAUAUAUACAAUUCAUCUAUUCCUUUUCAGAUAUUCUGUAACAACAAGCAAGGCUCCGAG